AACGCUGUAUUAGAUACAAGUGCAUUGUGGGAACAGAAACUCUUCAGACAAAUUUCUUGUAAAUAUUUGUGUGUGAAAUGUAUGACUAAUUUCUCGUUAUCUACCUAUUUUUACGUGGAGAUAUUAGUUUAAAAAGCAUAAGUUUGCUUCAUAAUAUUGGUUGUGGUUAGAAGUUGAUCAAAAAUAGGUCGAUAAAUGAAAUUUUAGUGAAGUUUUUUCAUAGAGGCUCCCCAAGGGGAUUUGUUUUCAUUUUUGACACUUGACAGCUCCAGAAUGGAUGAUAUCUUUACAAAAGUGAGAGAAGGCAAUGCUAUGCAUGUUCGUGUUUGGCUUGAUAACACUGAAAAUGAUCUCAACCAAGGAGAUGAUCACAGAUUCAGCCUGCUACAUUGGGCGGCCCGAGAGGGGCAGACCAAGAUUGUGGAGAUGCUGAUACAGAGGGGUGCAAGGAUCAAUGCCACCAACAUGGGUGAUGACACAGCACUCCACUUGGCUUGCAGUCAUGGACAUCGCGAUAUUGUGGGAAUGCUUUUACACCACAAGGCAAACAUUAAUGCUAUCAAUGAACAUGGGAACACCCCCUUGCAUUAUGCCUGCUUUUGGAACCAUGAUCAGAUUGCUGAGGAUCUGGUCAACAAUGGGGCACUGGUAGCAAUGGCCAACAAGUCGGACGAGACACCCCUGGAUAAGGCAAAACCUAAAGUUGCUAAAAUACUCACAGAGAGGGCUGGUUCCCUGGGCCAAGAUCUUCAUAAGAUCCCAUUCAAGGAUCGCAGCUGGCUGGGAUACAAGACCCGCAGCCGGGACGCCCUUCUAUCACGCCAUGCUGGGAUCAACAUAGAGCAGCUGAAGCUGCAGGGUCAUAUGGCUACAACGCACUCUGGGGAAGUUUGGCGCGGCCUAUGGCAGGGAAAUGAUAUCGUGGCUAAGGUCCUCAACCUGCGCGAAUGCACUGUCAGAAACUCCCGGGACUUCCAGGAGGAGUUUCCCAGACUAAGAAUCUUCAAUCAUCAGAACAUCCUGCCUGUGUUAGCCUGUUGCAAUCAGCCCCCAAAUCUUGUGGUCAUCUCUCAGUUCAUGCAAUACGGUUCCCUCUACAAUGUUCUUCAUGGAGAAACUGGUAUUGUGGUGGACCAGAACCAGUGCCUUAGGUUUGCCAUCGACAUCGCCCGGGGCAUGGAGUUCUUGCACACACUGGAGCCCCUGAUACCCAACAUGUACCUCACCAGCAAACAUGUCAUGAUUGACGAGGAUCUGACAGCGCGUAUCAACAUGGGAGAUUAUGGAUUCUCAUUUCAUGAGAAGGGCAAGCUAUACUCCCCAGGCUGGAUGGCCCCUGAAGCCCUACAGAAGAAGCCAGAAGAGAUAAACAUGCGUGCGGCGGACAUGUGGAGCUUUGCCAUCGUGCUCUAUGAGCUGGAGACAAGGGAAGUGCCCUUUGCCGACCUCACACCAAUGGAGAUUGGCAUGAAGGUGGCUUUAGAAGGCUUGCGGAUCACGAUACCUCCAGGAAUUUCAUCCCAUAUCCUUCGCCUACUCAAGAUCUGCAUGAACGAAGAUCCGGGAAAGAGGCCCCGUUUUGACAUGAUCAUCCCAAUAUUGGAAAAAUGAGGGUUGCCACAUAAAUGUGUGCUAUAAAUAGAUCUGAGGGGCAUCUUGGGGGGGGGGGGGACAUACUGCUGGUCAUAUGUGUUAUAUCAAUCUUGUUAAAUCAUUUUAAAUUUUCCUCAUCAAUGGCUUGAUUUUUUAUACUAUCAUUUUAUUAUUUUUUUUUCUUCAGGUCGGACUUUAAAAAAUGAGGUUUCAAAUCAUGUGUUCGCAGCAUGUAGUACAGUUUGAAUGUUAAGAAAUUUAUGGUGUUGUUUUAAUGCCCAUUAGUAAUAGCAUUUAGUUUACCUUUUCCAUGGUACACCUAUAUGUGCUUGUGUAUGUAUGUUCAUGUUCUUAUCCAGGAAAUAACUACGGUAAAUAUUGUUCAAGCAAUUUUAGAUUCACAUAUCACUUCUUAACAAUAUAUAUGACAGACAUUGCAUCGUAGGACUGGGUGAAGCCAUGGUCCAUCUGCACAUUUUAAAUCAGCAAAUUACAAAAUCUAUUUGUAAUAUAUUUGAAAAUUAAUAUGUUCUGAAACUUUACUAUUAAGUCUGAAAUUCUGGAUUUUAAAUAAGGCAGAAGUAUAAUAUAUAAUUUUACUUGACAGAUUAAAUGAAAAUGGAUUAUCUAUAAUGUUUGAUUUCAUUUACUUAUUAAAAAAGGAUUAUUUUGUUUAUUCUAAUUAUUGUAUAAUUGCUAAGGUUUUACUGUUUUAUGCCCCGUUGGGGUGGCAUAUAGCAGUUGAACUGUCCGUCAGUCAGUAUGUGUGUGUGUAUGUCAGUCUGUCUGUCCGUCCGAAAAAAAACUUUAACAUUGGCCAUAACUUUUGCAUUAUUGAAGAUAGAAACUUGAUAUUUGGCAUGCAUGUGUAUCUCAUGAAGCUGCAAAUUUUGAGUGGUGGAAGUUCAAGGUCAAGGUCAUUCUUCACGGUCAAAGGUAAAAAAAAUAUAUAAAAUUUCAAAGCGGCGUUCUCAUGAAGCUGCACAUUUUGAGUGUGGAAGUUCAAGGUCAAGGUCAUCCUUCAAGGUAAAAAAAAAUAAAAAUUUAGCGGCGCAAUAGGGGCAUUGUGUUUCUGACGAAAACAUCUCUUGUUGAAGAUUAUUACCAGUAGUCUGUGUUAAAGAAUAGAUCAGAUUUAUUAUUGAAUAACAUCAUUUUGCAAUGCAAGUGCCAUUUACAUCAUGAUCUUAUGUAUUUCCUUUAUUUAUAUUAUUUGUUGCAAUUUGUAUGUGUGUUCAUGUAACUUUCUAAUUAUUCACAUAUUUGUACUUUAAUUUGAAUACAGGCAAAUGUACUUUCAAACAAUUAUUGAAGUUUACUUGAUAAGAUGGUCAUUAGAAAAUAUAAAAAUGUGCAUUAAGUAACAUAUGAUAAAUAUUUAUGUUUAAUCAUUUUAUAUUUAACCAUAAAGUGUUAAACGUACAAUUGGGUCGUGCUCUGUGAAAAGGUUGUUUAAUGUAUGUGCGUAAUAUGUCGUCCCUGAUUAGACUGCAUAGCCAAUCUGGGACGACACUUUACGCACAUGCAUUUAGCCCCUUUUCACAGAGCACAACCCAAUUAUGUGAAAGAAAAUAAUAAAUUCCAAUAGUUAACAGAGUAUUUAACAAAUUCGCCUUUAUUUUUAAUUAAAAAAUAAUCAUAGCAAGUGCAUUGUUAAUUGUGUAUAGAUUUAAACUCUUAUAUUUCAUUAUAAAAAUGAUAAUAAUAAUAAAUUUGUUAAAUAAUGGUGCUCUCUAUAUAUUUAUGUUAAUUGUAUGGCUGGUCAGGUGGCAGAUAGUCCUGUUUAUAUCUUGUGUUUGUAUUAUAUGUAUAAUUAUUGGAAAUACAAUUAUCAGAAUUUUUUAUUAAGUAGAUAUAAUGUAUUUAAUUCAGUAUCAUGUGUAUGUUUAUUGUAUACUAUAAUGUUUAAAGUUCUCUUACUUUACUUGUAAGUCCUUUUUUAAGCAUGGUAGUUCACUGUGUAUAGAAAAUGUUUGAGCUAUAGUACAAGUUUAUAUGGAAGUAACUACAGGUUAUUGUGACAUUUUGCAUUCAAAUUGAUGGAUUCUUGUUCAGUGUGCUGAAACUUAAGAUAAACUUAUACUUCUGGUUUCUAUUCUUCUUUUUGAAUUUAUACUUAUAUUUACACUGAUGUCUUGUGGCCACCAUGCUUUAGUUUCAUUUUAAGCAGGUAUGUUAACUACAAAGAUCCUUCUUGGAUGUUGUAACUGUGUUGUUCAGUUAUUUUAUAGUUCAAGUUGAUGGCUCAUUGAUACGGACAGCAUGUUGGAGUGAUAAGACAACAUUGGUAAAAGACAUCUUUUGUAUGUCAGUUCGAUCACUUUGCCUUAUGCAGUUGAUAGAAGUUUUGCCUUAGAAUAUCAAGUAUUAUUGCUUUUUGAAUAAAAUAUACACGUUUAAA